AUGGAGAGACAUGUUGAUACCGCUGCUUCCCUGAGCGACAAACCCCAGCAACAAACCACAAGCGACAAACUCAGCAACAAACCCAUCUCCGACGACCGUCCAACGCUUCCCUUUGCAGCAGAUGCAACCCAUAAUCCAGAAGAAACACUUCGCGAUCACGACUUCGCCAACAAUGAAAAGUACGACUCAUCAUCCGAUAGCGAGGCGCAGCUUGGCGAUGUGUCCAACGUUCAGGACGCCCGCCCAACAGCGAAGUCGUCAGCAAAGAAACUCACAACAACACAAGCUGUCAUUAUUUUCGUCACAAACGAAGUAGGCAUCGGGAUGCUUUCCUUACCAUCGGCACUCAACGUCCUCGGUUUCUUCCCGGGCAUCCUCUGCAUCAUCGUCCUCGGUGCACUCUCUCUCUACACCGCCUACAAUCUCAUUCAGUACUGGCGGAAAUACCCAUAUAUGCUCAACAUUGUCGACUACGGUCGCGUUCUUGGCGGUCCUUGGGUCGAGGUCAUCUUUGCCGUUGGAUUCCUCAUCAAUAUGGCGUUGAUCUCUGCGUCUGCUCUCGUUACUCUUACUAUCGGUCUAAACACUGUAUCAGAGCACGCAACUUGCACGGUCGCGUUCACCGUCGUUGCCGCCGUCGCAAUGUGGGCACUAUGUGUCCCACGCUCGAUGCGCUUCGUCUCGUGGGCAUCAUGGCCCUGCACAGCCAGCAUCGUCAUCACCGUCCUUCUUGUCAUGAUCACACUCGGUGUUCAAGGACCCCGCGACGUGAAUGCGCCCCUUAAUCUGAAGGCUGUCGGUAGCCCGAAUUUUAUUGAGGCGACAUCAGCAUUCCUCAAUAUUGCCUUCGCUUUUGCCGGAAACCAAGCGUUCCCCACCGUCCUCGCCGAAAUGGAAAACCCCUCCCGCGAUUUUCCCCGUGCCGUUACCAUCGAAAAAUGCGUCACAACCUGCAUUUACAUCAUUGUUGCGACAACUGUCUACGCGCUAUCCGGUGAGCAGGUCGCGUCCCCCGCCAUUGGCUCCUUGCAGCCCACAAUGGCCAAGGUUGCAUAUGCAGUCUCGUUCAUCGGUCUCCUCGGUACGGGCCUUAUCUUCGGUAUGACAAGCGCGCGCUACCUCCAUGUCGUCUUCUUGCGCCACGCCAGCUCCUGGCUACAUCGCAAGGACUCACCCAAGCGCCGCCCCAGUAUUGCAUCGGACCCCAGCCGCGGUCGUCGCUCGUCAAUGUCCGUACCAGCAGUCUCUAAAAAGUUGGAUUGGGCCAUUUGGAUCUUCAGCGUCAGUGCCUUCUGGAUCACAGUCUGGAUCCUUGCCAACGCUAUUCCCGUUUUCAACUCGCUGCUCAAUAUUUCAUCGUCGCUGCUGCUCUCGUGGUUCACAUGGGGCGUAACAGUGCUGUUCUGGUUCCACCUCAACUGGAAUGGCAAGUGGCGCAGCAGCGGGAAAAAGCUGGCAGUAGCAGGACUGAAUGUGCUGAUCCUGGCGAUGGUGUUUUUCUUGAUGAUUCCGGGCAUGUACGCGAGUAUUAAAACACUGCUGGGCAUCUUUGCGGAUCCUAACCAGACAGUCAAUGGGCCUUUUACAUGUGCCGAUAAUAGCGCGUUAUAG